CGGCCCCGUUCGUACUUUUAAACAUACAGGUAACCCGAAGCAAAAAAAAACAUGGCGGCGAGUAUAGGAAUUUAUCGMCGGUUUUGUUUUUCUUUGCGACCUGUGCUGCUUCAAAACAGAGGAUUAUGUUCUGCUCCGCAGGGUAAGCAUGUUAUYCAAAAUGGAGUUGUCCUUGGAGCAUAUGAAGUAGAUGGCGAAGAGUCUGCUUUUAAACUAACAAGAACUGCUGCUGGUUUUAAUAGCAAAACGUCAGGGAGGUUCAAAGAGAUUCUCAAAAUUGCUGGCUUCAAUGGAAAGCUUGGUAACUCAAAAACAUUUUAUGGUAUUGAUCGAGAUUACCCUUGUGUAGUAGCUGUUGGUUUGGGUAAAGAGCUGCCUUCAAUGGAUUUAGAUACUGCUGAGGAGCAUGAAGGUGCUGCAAAUGUCAGACAUGCUGCAGCAGCUGGAGCAAGGGCGCUAAGGUCAGCAGGUGUCCAAGUUGGAGAAAUUGAAGCUUUUACAGAUGCACAAUCUGCUGCMGAAGGCUCCAUCUUAUCACUGUAUAGCUUUGACAAACUUAAAUCACCCAGCAAACAUAAGCUACCAGUAGAGCUAAAGCUUUAUGGAGAAGGGAAGAAUAUUGAUAGAACKUCUCAUUUUCGGGAUGCAUGGGACAAAGGGAAGAUUAUGGCAAAUAGCCAAAACUUUGCCAGAGAUUUGUCUUCAACUCCUGCUAAUUUAAUGACCCCUACAAUAUUUACUCACACUGUUAAAGAUAGACUUGGGCAGCUGGACAAUAUUAAUAUUAAAGUGAGAGGGGAAGAAUGGGCAAGAAAUAUGAAAAUGGAAGCUUUCCUCUGUGUUGGUAAAGGUUCAACGGAAGAAUCACUGUUUAUGGAGAUAACAUACACUGGAUCAUCUGAUUCCUCAGAGAGUCCAAUUGUGUUUGUUGGCAAAGGUGUUACAUUUGAUAGUGGUGGAAUAAGCAUCAAGCCAUCAGCUGGGAUGGCACAAAUGAAGGCCGAUAUGACUGGUGCAGCAACUGUGUGUGCAGCCAUUGAAGCCAUUGCACUAUUGAAUCUUCCAGUCAAUGUUACAGUCUUAACUCCACUAUGCGAGAACAUGGUGUCUGGAAAUGCUGUUAAACCUGGAGAUGUGGUUAAAGCGAUGAAUGGAAAAACAAUAGAGGUUGAUAAUACGGAUGCUGAAGGGAGGCUUAUACUGGCAGAUGCUCUGUGCUAUGCUGAUUCUUUAUCUCCAUCAGUUGUAAUAGAUGUUGCAACCCUUACAGGUGCAAUUGAUGUUGCGAUUGGUCAGGGUGCAGCUGGUGUCUUUUCUAAUUCUCGUUUCCUUUGGCAUCAAAUUGUUCAGGCUGGUUUCCGAACAGGCGAACGUAUGUGGCGCAUGCCACUCUUUGAACACUACAAAACACAAAUAAAGUCAGAUGUUGCAGAUUUGAAAAAUGUAGGAAAAACAAGAGGUGCCGGUGCAUGUACAGCGGCAGCAUUCCUAAAGGAAUUUACGAAAUGUAAACACUGGGCUCAUUUGGACAUUGCUGGAAUAAUGGGCCAUACAGAUGCUUUACCAUAUUUGGAUAAAGGUUUCCCAGGACGUCCAACACGUGCUCUAGUUGAACUAGUCAGCAAGCUGACUUACAGCAAGAUAGAGUAAAYAUAGAACGUUCCCUGGCUAUCAUAGAAAAAGAAGAGAAAAUAGGAAAAAUAACUGAUGUGAACGAAUAAAAUUUUAAGUGUGA